GUCAGCUCUUUUCUCUCCUUACAGAUGCUGACAGACCUGCUGAGAUUUUCCAGCAUUUUCCCUUCUAGUUAUUUUGGAACUAGGUUUUGUGAAUUUUUAAAAAGAUUUCAACCUUUUGGACAUUUAUAAACAUGUAUAUUUCUAAUUAUGUGAUUCUUUGGAAACGAAACCAACAGUUUAAUUCCAUCGUUAUUUUCUCAUUACGUUCAGAUGCAUCCCUUUCAGUCCUGGGUAUUUACUAACUUUAACCUUACCUCUUUAUCGAUGGUUAGUCCAUCUAAUAUCACCUACCUUCUCUUUCAAUGACUCAGCUUCUUUUGCCUUAAUAAAGGUCAAGGUAAAAUAAUCAUUUAGCACCACCUCCAUAUCCUCUGUAUUUGUAGCUAAUUUCCUUUUUCCCCUAAUUUUUCUUAACUUUUCGAACAUCGGUCUAGCACCUAUCUCUCUCAACUUCAGUUUUAGCAAUUGCCGUCUUAUCUUUGUGUUUCUCACUUCAGAAGGGAAUACAGUAAUAUUUUUCUAGUUGUCAACUGAAUCUAGAUUUGAGAAGUUUCUCCAGACAUAUAAUAAGAAUGUAAUUUCUGUCCCGAUGUUAUUGUAUCGAGGUUCAGCAGAUCCCCACCAAACUUCUAAAACAUACAUGAACACCUCUGGGAUAAAUUUUCAAGUGUUUCGAGCAGUUGCACCGUAAAAUCACAAACAGUAUUUUCUACGAAUGUUUCUGCUAUCUGAAGUGCGUUUAUUGUUAUCGACACUAAAACAUCUCGGAAGUUUUUUUAAAAAAUCUGGAUUUUUACCAUGGUUCGUGUUGGAAUAGGCUUUACUCCGUAAUUCGAAUAGAACUGCAUUACAAAAUUAUCCACGGACAACCGAGGUGAGGUACUAGUUUCAUUCGUUUGCUGUUGAGUUACUUGGAAAUGACGAGAUUUCGUAGUUUCCUCAAAACAGCUCCCGGACCGUCGAUGAACAUGACGGAAAUAUCGGAGGACAACGAUUGAUUUGUUGGAAUGACUCGGUGCUGAAUGCCAAUUGUCAAUGAGAUUGAUCUUCUUCAAAGCUGUCACUUCCCGUUUUAACGGCUGAACGUUUCACUGUUGAAACAGUGUCGAUAGUUGCAUUGCCUGCGCUAAGCUAAGUGCCUUAACUCGCAAGCUCCAGCUAUUCGGCUCACAUUAGUAUUCUGUCCUAUCAAUGUGUUGUGUCGCUAUUCACGUCAGUCUGCCUGAUUUCUGCGCCUCGCGUUUCCAGAAGGUUACAGCCACACACACAAAAAAACAUUGGGAAGCUAUAAGAUUCGAGCAAACGACCGCGGUCACUUACUACCCACCGGGGCUCUUUAAUUUUGUUUCCUGAGGUGAAAAUUUUUAAAAAGCUACAGUGACCUCCCUCGUCCCGGGAGAACUAAAGGCGAGAUCGUUCCGGUCUAGGACUUCUGGAGCCGACAGAUUCUUAAUGGAAACCCCUAAAUCAUCCAGAUGUGAACAUCUCCCCGGUGAAAUCCCCACCCUUAGCAGCGAGGAACAUGGUGACACUGGGAGAUUGCAGCUCUUAAAUAGCGGGGACUUUGAAGCAUGUUGAAAGAGGCCAGCCAGCGCCCGUUUUACCGACUCAAGGUUAUGUAGGGGAGGGGGGUGGGGAAGGAAUAAAAAAUCUAUUUUCUUCUGUUUCGAGGUUAUAUUCGUUUCCUGGAGCUCGUGCUUCAUCGCAACACGUCUCACUCCCCUCCCUAAGCGAAGAGCAGCCGAUCUUGGAUGUGUAUGCAUGAGUUCUGCAGUGAAUGGGCGCAUACCCCGCCGCAAGUCGCCAGGCUCCGUCGUGCAGCUCGGCAGGGAGCUGGAGAGGGAAGCGGGGAGGACAGACCGCUUGGAGGUCGCUGCUAAACCCUUCCGGGCACUCGAGGAGUGUAAGAUGCUGGUGCAAGACUUCAACACACAGGUGGCCCUCUACCGCGAACUGGUAAUUUCCAUUGGGGACGCCUCGGUGGACUCUCCCUCCCUGCGAGCUGAAAUGCAGAGGACACGGGCCAAAGGUUGUGAGAUGGCUCAGAACGCACAUCAGAAACUCUCCGCAAUCUCAGGCGCUGAAGAUGGGGAAAUCCAUCCAGAAAUUUGCAGGCUUUACAUCCAGCUUCAGUGCUGUCUGGAGAUGUACACAACAGAAAUGCUGAAAUCAGUCUGUCUACUAGGGUCCCUUCAGCUUCAUCGGAAAGGGACAGACUCCUUGAUGGCUCCCAAAAUAAUAGACAGCAAACAGGAAGAGAGUUCUCAAGCUCCAAUUUUAGAAGAUCCACCAAUUUCACCUCUCCAAGAUCUUCAGCCAUAUUCUUGGCAUGUUUCCACAGAUAUUGAAAAUACUGAAAGAGACAUACGAGAAAUGAAAAAUCUUCUAAGCAAACUCAGGGAGACUAUGCCUUUACCACUAAAGAACCAAGAUGAUAGCAGCCUCCUCAAUCUGACUCCAUAUCCACUAGUGAGGAGGAGGAAACGAAGAUUCUUUGGACUUUGCUGCCUUGUAUCAAGUUAAAGGAUAACUAACACAAGACUGAGAGGAAAUGUCAUUGAGUGCCUAUCUUGAAGAAGUUCUACUCAUCUUUCACAUGGGAUUUCCGUUUGUCUCUCUUGCUGUAUUAAUUUUCAUUGUUUUCCUGUAUUUAGUCAGGGAUCUAGAAACAUCCACUUUCACAACCACACCCACUUCAUAAUAAUUGUCCCAAGUUUCAAUUUCUUCCAUGUAGAUUCCAACUGAAAUUCCACUCUUUGUGUUUCACAUCCAUCUAGGAUUGCAAACUUUUCCUAGACAUUUACCAUUCCUUAAAUCACAUUCUAAAGAUUGACUUUGAAUAUCGUGCACCAUAACAUGGACAAUCUUGAUCUGUUUCUUAAGCAGAACCUGAGUUCUGAUGAAAGAUCACGGAUAUGAAAGAUUAACUGUUUUUCCCUUUACGGAUACUGCCUGAGAUGCUGUGUAUUUCCAGCAUUUUCAGUUUCUAUUUGGAUCUUUAUCUUCCCUGACUUGGCAGAUUUUACUCUCAGAAAACUCAGCAAUAUUUUCCCAUUUAGCAUUUUUUAGUUGCAGCAAUGUCACCCGUUCUUUUAUUGAUAAAUCUCUUUCUAAAGUUGACCUCAACCUGAUGUUUCUCUCCUUUUAAAACAUUGAUUGGUUGUUUGUAGUUUCAAGCCUCAAUGAUUUCCUGUUGCUCUCAUCUCCUCUGGGUUGCUGGCCGCUGACACUGAAGGGGUCCUGUGUGCGGCUCAUAAGGAGACAUUACUUUCAGUAAAUGGCUCUUGGUUUCCUUCCCACAGCUGACACAAGUUCCUUCCAGAGGCAGGAACACAUCAGCAGAGCAGUCUUUUUUUUGUUCUAAUUUUCUAUACUGUCUGCCUCCAAAUUACCUCGAAGCUCUGAGUAAACUGCCCCUAGCGUUUCAGUCAGUAACUGGUCACAGGGUCCCUAAAAAUACAAUGGAAACAAUUAAUAAUGAUGCAUUCAAACAUGAAUUGAAAUGAUUUCUUUGCAAAAUAAUAUUUUGGGUUUCAAUGCAUGAGUCAUUUGCGAAUUGACCUGAGUGUAGAAUGUUUGGGAUAAACAGAUGACUUUAAACCAAUGGUUGACAAACCUUUUUGCUGCUAAGUUUCUCCUAAUUCUUUGUUGUGGUAUAAUGUAAACUAAUUGAUACAGAUUGAUUACCAUGAUUAAUCAAAGCUCUAUUGUCAUUGCAAUGUAUAAAUAAUAGGAGGUGGCUCUCGUGGUGUAGUGGUAAUGUCCCUCUUAGCUAGGAGGCCUGGGUUGAAGACCCACCUGCUCCAGACAAGUGUGACAACAUCUCUGAACAGGUUGAUUAGAAAAUGUCUACAAAUUAAUAGGGUAAUAGAACACGGGCUAGAUAGACAUUGUUUAUUUUUAUCUUGCAUUUCCUAUAUUCCAAUUUGAAAGUUUCUGAACUUUGUUUUUAAAAAAUACAUACAGAUGGAGUAGUUUCAACACAGAAUGAAGAUGCAAGUAAUACAAAUAGCAUAGAUUAAACACUGGUGAAAAUGUUUAACUUCACCAGUUGGGUUUUGAAAGAAUUCGAGCAGAUACUCGUGGAGGUUGCACACACCAGAUACCCUCAGCAACAACCCAUGCACAUAUACACCAAAAGAUGAUCAUGAGUUUAAGAUCUAUUGAUACAAUAAAUUAAAAUAAGGACAGCAAUUCCUUUCCUGCACUGAAUUGAUAUUUUGAUUAAAUUUAAUUAGUGAUUACUAAUAAAAACUAUAUUAUUGUUGAAUAAAAACAUGAUUUAUCCAAGCUUUUUGUCUUGCAGUUAGCAGGACAUUUUACAAGACUACAAUUUCAAGGGGCAAAUCAACAGUUAUACUGUAUUUGAAUUAAUUAAAAACUGGACUCUGGUAGAGCGUUAACACGGAUAACGCACACAUUGAUGAAGAUUGACAAUUAACUUCAAGAUUGUUUAA